AUGGCCGAUUUACCUGCCGAGGCUUCCUGCCGAGUAUGCUCAGAGAUACUGGAUCUUUCAAGGGUUGUACAUGCUUCAAGCGGCAGGAUCGAUCCCGGAAAGCGCAUCCUAGGAAACAUCUCAGAGGUUACGAGCAUACCUUGCCCACACUCUGGGUCCAUCCAAAAGCUAUGGGAUGAUGGCAAGCCGCCCGAUCUGGAUUCUUCAGAAGUCUGGGAAGUUAACCUACGCUACCUUUUCGACGACUUUGCAUUUCGAUUCUACGAUCCAAAAGAUCCGGAAGCGAACAGCUUCUUCAGAACCUUCAAUUUGAUCGUUAAGCCUGACCAAGCUGAACAUCCCGGAGCAUCAAAAGCCAUUGAUGCAGAGUGGAUAGACCCUUUGAUCCCUCGGUCAUGGUACGCAACAUGCGUCAGAGAGCAUGGCGCUAAAUGCGAAGAACCAUUGUGGAUGGCUGCACAACCUUGGACGAUCGCGACUCCUGAAUGGCUCAUCGACGUCAACGACUGGUGUUUGGUACCUUACAGUAUCGAAACAUCCAGGUAUUUUACCCUUUCCUAUACCUGGGGACACGUGAAUUGCCUCCGUACUACUGUGGCACUUCUCGAACACUUGCAGCAACCAGGGUCAUUGCAUACGACCUACCUGAGCGAAUUACCUCGCACGAUUCAAGAUGCCAUGGGAAUCACUAGAUUGCUAGGUGAAACGUAUUUAUGGGUUGACAGCUUAUGCAUUGUCCAGGAUGACGCAACCUCACUACAUAACAACCUUAACAACAUGCAUCACAUCUACGCUCGGUCGACCCUAUGCUUGGUUGCUUUCGCUGGUCUAGAUGCCAAUCACGGCUUGAGAGGACUCAAGGGCGUCUCAGCCCCAAGAGCUGUUGAUCAACUCGUACUGCCAAUGGGUAAUGAUGAAGCGAUAUCAUGGUACAACACCCCUCGCGCUACAUGGGACAGCUUUGGUCAAAUACCUGGACAUGUGGGACUCACCUACAAUGAACGUGGCUGGACUUUUCAGGAAUUUAUAUUCGCCAAACGCCGGCUUAUCUUCACCGACGGACCUCUUCGCUGGAUCUGUCCCUGCACUACAUGGGGCGAGGACAAGGUGAUCGACUUGGUCGUUGACAACAUGAUGAACAUGCCCUAUACAAAAUGGAAAGAUCGGCAACGACCUGGUCUGGCAAGCUUGUUGACUGAUGUGGCAUCUGAAUUUAAUGUGCGACACUUCACCUUUUCCCAGGACACUCUAAACGCAUUCCUAGGGAUACAGAACCACCUUCAGAGGACCUUCCUCGGGGGCUUGAAUCAUGGGCAUCCUGACAUGUUCUUCGACAUCUCGUUGAUGUGGGAGCCCGAAGCAGAAAUAUCGCGCCGAGGUUCUUCACAAGAUGCGCCGACCGAGCCCAGAUACCUGCCUACGUGGUCCUGGAUGGGUUGGCAUGGUGCCUUUCGCUUCUUAUGCGAUGAUGAGUAUGAAUGCUACGGACCGCCAUCGAACGGGAUUGUCGAGCCCGUUACGCAAUGGUUCGCUUUACAGGCGGCUGCAUCAGUGGGGAGUAUGCGACCUAUGGCAUGCAAUUGGCAUCAGUACAAGAUGUUAGCGCGACAAGGUGCGAGAGUAGUGCCCAAAGGAUGGACACGACACGCAAGCCUAAACGAGGACGGCAAGUUCGAGAUUGGAGACGCUCGGUUCCACUAUCCUGUUCCUGUCCCCUCGCUCGCAAUGUCCACAGACCCGAUCGAGCAAUCACGGUUAAUUUUUGCGAAGACGACUCGAGCAUACUUUACAGCGCGGAAAGCUAAUAUACCAGGCCAGCUCCAUGACAUUGAAUUGUGCGUCGAGCUUUAUACUGUAAUAGGUGAACUUGCUGGGCUUAUGCGACUUCAUAAGAAGUGCGAUGAGGACAGCAUCAUUACAGGUCACAAAGUCGAGCUCGCUGCGGUCGUGAAAGGAUGGACGACGGAGCUUUGUGCUCUGACACCACAUCGACUUGAGAAUAACACAAAGCAUCCAUGUUAUUUUGCGCUAUGCGUUCAGUGGAAAGAUGGAAUCGCGAGACGACUGGGCAGCUGUAAAGUCUUUGCUAACGUGUGGGAACGAUAUCAGGAGCCAGUGGAUCUGAUUCUGGGAUAG